AACAAUAAUCCAAUCAAACCCUAUAUAUAAAUAACAUGCCUGUCGUACGAAGAGGACGUACUCAUCUCAAUCUCCACCUUCCCUCAACGAAACUCUCCCAUGUUCGGCCACCUCGCAUCUCUCUCCCACUACCUCCCACUUCCAGUACUGCUGCCCCCACCCAAUUCAACUGGUCAUCUUCCUCCGCGCCUAUCUCAGCCGCCGAUCUCGACAAGAUUCAAGUUCUCGGAAGCGGCAAUGGCGGAACAGUCUACAAAGUCCGCCACAAGGAAACCUCAGAAAUCUACGCUUUGAAAAUAUUCCACGACAAUUCCGAUUCAAAUUUCCGCCGCCAGCUCAACAGCGAGAUGGAGAUCCUCCGCCAUACGGACUCACCUCACGUGGUCAAAUGCCACAGCAUCUUCCAAAAUCCAUCGGGAGAGUUUGGUAUAGUCAUGGAGUAUAUGGAUUCAGGUUCCUUAGAGAAUGUUCUCAAAUCCGAAGGAGCUUUCUCUGAAUCUAAAGUUGCUGACAUAGCAAAGAAAGUCCUCAACGGUCUUCACUACCUUCACUCCCACAAAAUUAUUCAUCGUGAUAUCAAACCAGCCAAUCUCUUAGUGAAUUCCAAAAUGGAAGUUAAGAUCGCCAAUUUCGGGGUAAGCAAAAUCCUCGGCCCUACUUUGGAUACUUGCAAUUCCUACAUUGGAACGUGCGCUUACAUGAGUCCGGAGAGGUUGGAUUCGCUGACUUAUGGCCAAAAUUACAACGGUUACGCUGGAGAUAUUUGGAGUUUGGGUCUCACCCUAAUGGAGCUUUAUAUGGGUCAUUUUCCUCUAUUUCCGCCAGGUCAGACACCUGAUUGGCCUACUUUGAUGUGCGUUGUAUGUUUCAGUGAGCUGCCGAGUUUCCCAGAAGGCGUUUUGGAUGAGUUUAGGAGCCUCCUUCACUGUUGUUUGCAGAAGGAAUCAAGUAAAAGAUGGUCUGUGUCGAAGUUGUUGUCUCACCCGUUUAUCUGUAAAGAUUCUACAAUCGAAGAACCGUAA